UCUUGUACAAAUCUUCCGCCAGUCGUAUCUAAUAAAGGUACUGUCCAGUGUUUAACACCAAUUUAAUGUUUUGUAUCGUUUCUACCCGAAUACAUUUUAUCGACAAUGUGACUUUUUGCAUUAAUGUGUUUCUAAUAUAGAUAAUUGCUAUUUACCAUGAACAAUUUGAUUCUAGUGAUUAAUUUAGUUACAAGUGAGAUUAGUAUUCCUAAGAUCAUUUAAUGGAAUAUACAACAAGAAUCAGUGAAAGGCCCGUUUGUGGGUUUGGAGCUACUGCUGUUUACGGUUCCUUACCUGAAAAAGAAAUUUCUACAGUUCAAUAAGACUCUUCGGAACAACGAAAUGUCUACUCCAAGUGCUGUCAAAUUGUCUUCAUUGGCAAAGGAACACCUUUAAAAUAUUUUACAUGAAUAUAAGAAUGGCAACGUCAUCUACAAGUUAGUUUUGUGAUUUUUCUUUGAAUAAUGGAGAAGGAGGCAUCGCAUUAUUCUUACGAGACUUACUCGGUUGUGUCGAAACAAUCAAAUUCCGGUGUUGGUGGCAAAAGAGACCAAAAGAACGCAAAAUGUGACGAGAAAGUGUGUAAAUGCUUCGGUUCGAAAAAAUCGAAACGGAAACAAGUAUUGACGGGACUCGUUACUAACUUAGGCAUUUGCGUACUUUUAUUCGGUUACACCCUUAUCGGUUCCGUGAUAUUCUUAGCGAUAGAGGGCGGUAACAAUAUCCAAAAGCAAAUUUUAGCUACCACGUCACUAGCAACGGAGCAAUACAAAAGCAGGUUGAAUAACAGCGCAAUAUUGAAAACGAAGACUGAGUACGCUCGUGCAAAAACAGUGGAGAGCAUAUGGGAUAUCACUGUAAGCCUGAACAUUCUCUACCGAGAUAAUUGGACCAAAUUAGCAGCCCAGGAGAUCACCAGGUUUCAGAACGAGCUCCUGAAAUCAUUAGAAGAAGAAAUGUUCUAUUCGCAACCCGUACAAGAAAAAGAAUCAGAAAGAGAACUUGUUAAAGAAAUCGACUGGACGUUUGCCAGAGCCUUCUUGUAUUCUCUGACCGUACUGACCACUGUCGGUAAGUGAUUUUGUUUUGCACUUAUUUUAUCAGUUCCUAUUUUUACUUUAAUGCUGCAGUAAUUUCUGUAACUGAUUGAUAAUU